GACAGGAAAUUUAUACAGAGCAAAACCCUCGCUAUAAUUGGUUUUGAACCUUCCGUUACCAAAAUAAAGUCGCCGUUAGUGGUGGAGAUUCUGUCAUCGGGAUUCUGUUGCACAAAGAGCAAGAUAUAAAAAGAGCUCACUGAUGUGAAUUUCUUUUUCUUUUAUUUCUUCUUCUUCUUCUUCUUCUUCUUCUUUUUUAAAUCUCUGAUAGGAGCACCAGGAAAGGAUCUUAAGGUGAUUGCCGGCGAUAAGCCAUCUCCUGUUGGAAUACUAGGGGUUGAGAAAGAAACGUAGUGAUAACCAGCUUAUGGUGGAGAGAAAAGGAACUCAAGUAGCUAGGAGAACGAACUCUUAACUUCAGCCUGGCUAUUUCCUCACGGCUAGUUUGUUUCAAAAGCCCCAGUUUUCUGGUGGCUGUAGGAUCUGUGUUAAGGUCAACAAGAGUCCUGAAGCUUUCGCCUGCCCUGUAAAGUGGCAGGAAGGGAAGCUACAUAGGUUUGGAUAGCAGGCCUGGAUUCUAGCUGAAAGUCUCUCUUGGAAAACCUCCCAAACUGGAAAUCUGGAUAUUGCCACUGCCUUUGAGGUUUGGGCUGCUUUGUUCCUAACAGCACAUCAUAAAUGAGAACACCAGAAGCUUUCCAGAUGUCUUCCAGUAAUGACCAGUUUUGUAUUCCAUUAUCACAAAGAAACACCAAUGGUCUCCCCGGGAUGACCUCCAGUGACCUGAAGGCAUCUGCUGAAGGGGCUGUGUUAAGUUUUCAUAACAUCACCUAUCGAGUGAAAAUGAAGAGUGGCUUUCUUUCUCAGAAAACAGUUGAGAAAGAAAUAUUAUCCAGUGUCAAUGGGAUCAUGAAACCCGGCCUCAAUGCCAUUCUUGGGCCCACUGGUUCCGGCAAAUCUUCAUUGUUAGAUAUCUUAGCUGCACGGAAAGAUCCACACGGAUUAUCUGGAGACGUUUUGGUAAAUGGAGCACCUCAGCCCGCCAAUUUCAAAUGUAAUUCAGGUUAUGUGGUACAAGAUGAUGUCGUGAUGGGCACGCUAACAGUGAGAGAAAAUUUACAGUUCUCAGCAGCUCUUCGGCUUCCAACAACCAUGAAGAAUCAUGAAAAAAAUGAAAGGAUUAAUGUGGUCAUUAAAGAGUUAGGUCUGGAUAAAGUGGCAGAUUCCAAGGUUGGAACUCAGUUUAUUCGUGGUGUGUCUGGAGGUGAAAGAAAAAGGACCAGCAUAGGAAUGGAGUUGAUUACAGAUCCUGCUAUCUUGUUCCUAGACGAGCCUACAACUGGAUUAGACUCAAGCACAGCAAAUGCUGUCCUUUUGCUCUUGAAAAGGAUGUCUAGGCAGGGACGAACAAUCAUCUUCUCCAUUCAUCAGCCUCGGUAUUCCAUCUUCAAGCUGUUUGAUAGCCUGACCUUGUUGGCUGCAGGAAAACUAAUGUUCCAUGGCCCUGCACAGGGAUCUUUGGACUACUUUGCCUCAGCAGAACAUUUAUGUCUAGUUGAAACUCUUAGUUUUGUUUUUCUCUUUGAACAGAUCAUUGUUACCGUCAUUCUGGCACUGGUUAUAGGUGCCCUUUACUACAAGCUAGAAUACAACAAUGCUGGAAUCCAGAAUAGAGCUGGCGUGCUGUUCUUCCUGACAACCAACCAGUGUUUCAGCAGUGUGUCUGCCGUGGAGCUGUUUGUAGUGGAGAAGAAGCUCUUCACGCACGAGUAUAUCAGUGGAUAUUACAGAGUGGCAUCUUAUUUCUUUGCAAAAUUAUUUUCUGAUAUGCUCCCAAUGAGGUUACUGCCAAGUGUUAUAUUUACUUGUAUUGUGUACUUCAUGUUAGGAUUGAAACCAACGGCAGCGGCUUUCUUCACAAUGAUGUUUACCCUGAUGCUGGUGGCUUACACAGCCAGUUCCAUGGCACUGGCCAUAGCAGCAGGUCAGAGUGUGGUCUCUGUAGCGACACUUCUCAUGACCAUAACUUUUGUGUUUAUGAUGCUCUUUUCAGGUCUGUUGGUAAAUCUCAAAACCAUUGGUCCUUGGCUCUCCUGGCUUCAGUACUUCAGCAUUCCUCGAUAUGGCUUUACAGCUUUGCAGCAUAAUGAAUUUUUGGGGCAAAACUUCUGUCCAGGACUCAAUACAACACAAAAUGACGACUGUGACAACAGUUAUACAAUAUGUACUGGAGAACAAUAUUUGACAAAUCAGGGCAUCGAGCUCUCCUCUUGGGGCUUGUGGCAGAAUCAUGUGGCUUUGGCUUGUAUGAUGAUCAUCUUCCUCACAAUUGCCUACCUAAAAUUGUUAUUUCUCAAAAAACAUUCAUAAGGUCUUUAAUUUGUUUGAAUUACCCUCACAUUAAAAAGAAAACUUGAAUUAUUUUUUGUCUUCUGUUCCUCUGUUGUCACACUGUUCAACAGUAAUAUCUUUUAGUAGAAACACUCAUAAAAUCAAGAGAAACACAUAUAUGUGAAAGAACCAAAGUCAGAUGCUAAUACAGGUCCAUAUUGCAUACCAGUUCAUCUCAUCAGAUUGUAACCACAGGGAAGGAGUUGACAAUAAGUCCUCAAUUUAUGAAUGAGUUCAGUGCUGGGAGAAAGUUGGUAAGUUGGAUUCAUUCAUAAAUCUGGCAAGAUGAGUCUUGUAAACCUUUGUCACAAAAAUACAAUGUAAAGUUUU